AUUCUUUUCAAUGGACACAUUAGCCAGACUUUAACGGUUUUCUGUACAUCUUUUAUUCUUUGAUUUGCUGCUCCAUUUGGAAGAUAGCAAAGAUGAUAAGGACAAUGUUUCUACAUGCGAAGAAGCAUCCAGGGUUAAUCCCUCAAUUUAUCUUCCUGACUCUGGGCAUGACAGGGGCCACUCUUUACCUGAUCCGUCUGGCAAGAGGACCCCAUGUCACCCUCUGGGAUAAAAAGAACAACCCAGAGCCCUGGGCCAAGCUCGACCCAACCUACCAAUACAAGUUUAUUGCCGUCAACACGGACUACAAGACCCUCAAGAAAGAAGGCCCUGACUUCUAAAGGUCCUCCACACGACUACAAGGGCACCAACUUCGGUCUGACCUCAAUCUGUC